AUGACACCUGUUGCUACUAUGAAGCAUGACUUGGAGAAUAAAAAAGAACAAAAGCCUAAACGGUUUAAAGUCGGAAGAGCUUGUUAUACCUGUCGAGUGAAGAAAAUUAAAUGCGAUGGUUUGCAACCCUGUAUGCAGUGUAAAGCCCGCAGAAGAACAUGCACCUUCUCUAAAGAUGGUUCGAUAGACACCAACGCAGUUACUAUUCAAACAUUGGAAAAUAGCUCACCAUCACCGACAACAUCUAAAGACUCUUCACCUUCACUACUUCCUCACCAUGCUUCACCACCGUCAACUACACAUGCAACUCCAACAGAUACACCGCUGAGUCAGCAGCAGAUUGUCACCACUACAGAGAUUUUAAUCAAACUUACAAAGUCAUGGCCUGGUGAAGGCAAAGAAGGGAAAUGGGAAAUUGAUCACACUAAACUACAGGAACAAUUUUACGAUACCCCUAGAGUAAAUAUACCCUCAUCGUCAACAGCGGAUGAUGCUAAUAGUUAUGGAGUGUCAUUUUUACCUUCAAAACCUGUACAGCUACAGUUGAUAGAAUCUUACUAUACACACUGUUACUUUACAUUUCCAAUAAUACCUAAACGAUUACUUUUCGAACAACUCAAUUCACCAACACAUUGUAGAAAUACCACCUCUAAUUUAAUAGACCCUUUAUUGUUGCUGAUGAUAAUUGCACAUGGCGCACAAACUGUCAACUCAGAAGAUGCCGACUCAUAUUUUCUUCAUGCAAGAGCUUUACUGUUAGAUAAUGCACUAAAUGUGCCUAAACUGAGUACAGCUGCUGCUUUAGCACUAAUGUGUCUGUACGAAUCACCAAAAAAUCGACGGCCAAAUAUGUACGGUGCAUUAGCAGUUCAGAUGUGUAUUGAUCUCGAUUUGAUGCGUGAUUACAGUGGUAACACAAUAAAUAAAACUGCUCAACUGGAGCAGCAACAUGACGAUGACAAUGAAAACAGCAAGGAAUUAAGAAAAAGAAUUUGCUGGGGAUGUUAUACUAUAGAUAAAGUCUGUAGACUUCAGUCUGGUCAGCCUUGGAUGCUUCGCAGUAAUGAUAUUGAGUUAGACAUGCCGCUUUUACAACCUGGCGAUGAUGCAACGGAAAACAAUAUACUCCAAGGAUUCGUGGCGACCAUAAAAUUGAUGCAAAUCGCAGAACGUUUUCUUCAUCCUGGAAUGUCUCAAAAGACCGGCCAAUCCUUGGUGAGGCCUCAGGCUUACGAUCAACUCUUUCUUAAUUCCGACAAUGACUUACUGCACUGGCUUCGAUCUUUGCCUACUACUCUGCAAUGGACUUUGCCUUCAAUUUCAACAUCCAAUAGUAUUCCUCAUCCAACCUUACCAUCAAACCCUGUCACAUGUUACCUUCAUAUCCUUUACAAUCUAGUGGAAUUGUAUGUCUUGAAGCCUUAUUUCAGUUCAACAGCGAGAUCAAUUCGCCAACGAUCCGCUGUCAACGCUACUAAUAUUACUCGCCUCACAGCAGCUCUCGUUGAACAGACUACGUUGGCCUUCAAUUUUGAAUUUGUAACUCGUGCACUUAUGGAGUCUAUUCUAUUUCAUCUGAGGGAUUGCUCUUAUGAGAAUUUGAAUUUAGCGCGAAAUGCACGAUUUAUGUUUCAGCAGUCAAUGCAAACAAUGAAGUUAUUGUUAUCUACCGUUAAAAUACCGUCAACAACACGUCUUAUCGUUCGGUUUAUUUCUGCUCUGAGCAAUGUUAUAAAUGAAGCAGAUGAACAUACUGCUGCCAUAUUUACCAGUAUUAAUGAAGAAGAUAUCAUGACUCCGUUUGUACUUGGUAGCUUGAACGCUAGGUAUGCUGAGGAAGAACGUCAGCAAUGGUCAAAACUCGAUUACUAUGCCAAUGGUUUGAUUACGCCCCCCAAUGUUAAGUCAAAAUCUAUCACGAUGUCAUCAAACAUGUUUGCUGCCCCACCAUCUACGCAUACAUUUCAUGGAUUCAGCAGCCAUUAUGCUUCUUCAAAUUACAACUCGCUGUCAAAUGGAUCAAGCAAUAACAGCGCUGCUCUGUCACAAUGGAAGGCAUCAACGGUAACUAAAAUGAAUUCCGAGAAGUACCAAUAUUCAACAAAAACUCCCAAUUUGGAUUUCUUGAAUGAAACGACUCAGACGUCGUCGUCUGGCCAUACCCAACAACAGCAAAAUCAACGACAAGCUUGGCAAAGAAUAACGAACAAUAACAAAGCAUCAGUUACACCUUCUGUCAAUAAUAACAAACUCACUACUGUAGACUCCUACUCACAUCCUCAAACACCUUCUGACCUUCUUCUAACUCACUCCACAAAUCCGACAGAUAUUGCAGCGUUUGUUGCUCAAAUGCAGGAUAGCAGCAACACCAACACCAAUGGAAGUCGCAAUCAACAAAGUAACCUUGGUUUAAAACAAGGAGAUGUCAUGCAACGCGACGAUUGGAGUAGCUCUUCCACGCCAAAUCAAUCUGCUGCAGCAAGAAACGCUACCGCCACUUCUUCAGUCAAUUCGGAUUUGAUGGUCAAUGAAAAUGAUAACCUUCUGUAUUCAUUUUUAUCUGAGCAACGAACUAGAAAUUCUGUUACACCGACAUCGACAUCUCAGCAGCAGCAGCAACAGCCUCAACAACAUCAGCAGCAACAACAACGGCAGCAAACGGCUACAAAUCGACCGCAAUACAAUACUGCUUUUGUGCAGCCAUCGUAUAUGAGCAUUGGUCUAGGCAUUUAUGCUUCUGCACAUCAGCAUCACAACGAUGUGAUAAAGCAACAUCUACCCAAUAAUACCAUUAAUUCGAAUAAAGGCUUGGCCUUUACGGAUACUGCAUCAUCGAAUGAACAGCAGCAAAGAUAG